AUGAUAAGCGAUAAGCUAUCACUUGCCUGUGCGAUGAAAACGCUCCUACAGGUGUUAGCGCUUGGACUAUUGUUCACUUCUGCCAAUUCAGCUGGAAAAUGUGAUCUAACAUCUCCACCAAAUUCAUGGUUAGUGACGACAGGCAUUGGUAUCAUGAAAUGGGCUACUGCGGGUGUGCCAACAAAUGGUGACAAUUAUUGCGUGAACGGCGAUCCAACAACAAUCGUCGAAGUCGACUAUCACAUUGAUCUGAGGAAAUAUACUACCGACAAAAUCGCUUCUAUUUCUCGUCAUCAUCAGAACCUGUGGGAUAAUCCUGACAAUUAUUGUGUGAUGGACGAUCCACAAAUCCAUGUAUGUUUCCCGUUUUGCUCAACAGAACUGCAAAAAUCGAUAAUCGAAGCAGCUCUGGCGUCCGGAGAUCCUGCAACGGUGGCGAGAACUAUUCAACGAUCAGUAAAUCUUGAACGUUGGGCGACUACUGUCUUGCAGGUGGAUUUCAACAAUCCUGCUGCUCAUAUAAAUGCCACUAGUUAUGCAGAUCCAGAUGUCUGGUGCAGUGUCUAUAUAGGCAUUGAUCCCAAUGAUCACCGGCCAUCAUAUCUCUUCGAGAUUCAACUUGGAAAGAUUAUCUUUUAA